UCCACCACCAAUAUGGUUAAUACUCAAACUUAUACCGCCAGAGCUCAUGCACACGCCUCUCCAGUCGCACAACGUCUUUUCAAAUUAAUGGACACUAAAAAGACCAACUUAUGUGCUUCAGUCGAUGUUAAUACUACCAAUGAAUUUCUUACCUUAAUUGAUAAAUUAGGUCCAUAUAUUUGUUUAGUUAAAACUCAUAUUGAUAUAAUAGAUGAUUUCUCAUAUGAAGGAACCAUUCAACCAUUAUUAGAAUUAUCUAAAAAACAUAAUUUUAUGAUUUUUGAAGAUCGAAAAUUCGCUGAUAUUGGUAAUACUGUUAAAUCUCAAUAUUCUAGUGGAGUAUAUAAAAUAGCUCAAUGGUCAGAUAUUACUAAUGCUCAUGGUAUAACUGGAGCUGGGAUAGUUAAAGGAUUAAAAGAGGCUGCUAAAGAAACUACUAAUGAACCAAGAGGUUUAUUAAUGUUGGCAGAAUUAUCUUCAAAGGGUUCUUUAGCUUAUGGUGAAUAUACUGAAAAGACUAUUGAAAUUGCCAAGACUGAUAAAGAAUUUGUUAUUGGAUUUAUUGCUCAAAGAGAUAUGGGAGGUGCUGAUGAAGGAUUUGAUUGGAUUGUUAUGACUCCUGGUGUUGGAUUAGAUGAUAAAGGUGAUGCAUUAGGUCAACAAUAUAGAACCGUUGAUGAAGUUAUUUCAACUGGUACUGAUAUAAUUAUUGUUGGUAGAGGUUUAUUUGGUAAAGGUAGAGAUCCUGAUGUUGAAGGGCAAAGAUAUAGAGAAGCUGGAUGGAAUGCUUACUUAAAAAAGACUGGCCAAUUAUAAAUUGAGUUUCUAUAUACACACACCUAAAAGAAAGAAAUAAUAAAUAAAUAAAUAAAUAAUAAAUAGACUAUUUACAUGAUAAUGAUUUCUAUGGCUCUAGUACUGUAUAAUCUUCGAAAUUAUCAGAUAAUCUAGUUCUCAUAAUUUCAAAUACCAACAAUCCUAUAGAAGUUGCUGGGAUUGUACU